CACUCUUCUCUCCAUUUUCCCAUCACACAGCCUUGAAGCAAAACACAUAGCAUUCCAUAGUCAAGAAAUGGCUUCAAGAGCUGCCACAUCCACUGCCCUUCUGCUUCUCUUCAACCUUCUCUUCUUCACAAUGGUGACCUCAACUUCUGUUCCCUGCCCACCAACACCCAAAACCCCCAGCCACGGCCACGGCCACAAGCACUCCAAGGCCAAGUGCCCAAAAGACACCCUCAAGUUGGGAGUUUGCGCCAACUUGCUCAACGACUUGGUGCACCUCGUCGUGGGAACCCCACCCAAGACUCCAUGCUGCACACUCAUUGAAGGCUUGGCAGAUCUUGAGGCUGCCGUAUGCCUUUGCACAGCCAUCAAAGCCAAUGUCUUGGGCAUUAACCUCAAUGUUCCAGUCUCCCUUAGCUUGCUUCUCAACUACUGCGGCAAGAAGGCCCCCUCUGGCUUCCAGUGUGCAUAAGCCAACCAAGUUUAAUUAUGCUCUCUACUGUUUAUUUUCUAAGUAUUUUUUCUGUAUGGUCUUUCUCAAUAUUGUUUCUUUGUGUAAUGUCAGUUUUCUGCUUAAUUAUUGGUCCAUUUUAUUGACUAAUAGAAGGUUUCUGACCUUCUAUUAAUUGUCAAUAUAGCCUUCUAUUGCAGUAAUGAUUUAUUUAUGGAUUUAGCAAUAAAAUGAAAUUAUUCAAAGCU